GAAAAUCAGGCAGCCACCAGCGAGCAGCGCAAGCGACAGGCGCUGGUCCGCGGGCCGAUCAUAAAUCUGGACCACUCGUACGCAGACCAGUACGGCAUGUCGGAAACGAUAUUCACCGCCUUGAAGGACGUUUUCGAGUGUAUCACCGAAAAUGUGUCGAAAGUGGGGAUUGUGUCUGCGCAGCAGCUCGUCGAGGUGGUGAAGAAAGAGAACGAGAUGUUCCGCAGCUCCAUGCACCAGGAUGCCCACGAAUUCCUGAAUUUCCUCCUCAACAACGUGAUCGAGGCUCUAGACAAUUACUGCAACGCGACCGGAGCGGAAACAGAUAUCCAUCGUCUUUUCGAGGGCCUGCUAACGAGCGAGACGAAAUGUCUGUCGUGCGAGACGGUUUCCACUCGCGACGAGCUCUUCCUCGACCUUUCGAUCGACCUGCAACCAAACACUUCCAUAACGCACUGCCUAAAAAUGUUCUCGCAGAGCGAGAUGCUCACAGAGUCCAACAAGUUCUACUGCGAGUCGUGCCACUCGCUACAGGAGGCAGCCAAGACCAUAAAGCUCAAGAAGCUGCCCAAGAUCCUGGCAUUGCACCUCAAACGGUUCAAGUACGCCGAGGAGCUGGGCAGAAACGUCAAGCUCUUCUACCGCGUCGAGUACACCAAAACGCUGCGCAUCUUCAACACGACAGAGGGCUCCGCAUACGCCGACAAGAUGUACGAGCUGUAUGCUGUCGUGGUGCACAUCGGCGGGGGCCCGUCGCACGGACACUACGUGGCGAUCGUGAAGACGGACCGCUUUGGCUGGCUUCUUUUCGACGACGAGACGGUCGAAUGCGUGGACGAGAACUUUGUGUACCGUUUCUUUGGCGACGGGCCGGGCCUUGCAACGGCGUAUCUGCUGUUCUACCGCGAGGUGGAAAAUGAGGACGAAUUUAUCGACAGUCUGCUGUACAACGGCCUGGCUACCUCCGAAAACGAGGAGCUCGACACCAGCGCGUACCACAGGGUGUCUGUGCCGGAGGUGGCGCCCGAAAGCGAGGCGAAUGGAGAUGUGGCGCCAGAGAAGGAGAAGCCUGACAAACAGGAGAGGAAGAAACGUGUAUUUGGGUUCAAGCUGGGCAAGGGCUGAGCGACGCGUCGCCGACGGUGACUCGCGACGAAAUGUUUUAUUGCGAUCAAAAAUAAUCUCCAGACAAUGACAAGUGCGCUCUUGCUGGCCGUGCUAGCCACGCUUUUUUGCCGCGCCCAUGCCGGCUUCGAGGAAGGCGCCGACGAAGACACGUCGUAUCUGGCUGCUGUGGCGCAGAACGUGAACAAGACGUUAAUUUUCCACUGGCUAAUAUCGGUAUUGUUGCUCGUUGUUGUUCCGUCGGUUGGCGCUGUUUUUGUGCUCGCGGGCCGUCUCGCCACAGGCGUCUCGAUCCAGGCGUUGUGUGCCGUGUACGCCGCGGUUGAGGCCCUGAUCCUGCGGUUUCCGGACCCCAGCGGCGAGGAGAACGUGACAAGCCGCGGAACAGCGUGGUUUCUGGCCUUCUUCUACUGUGUCACGCUUCUCUUGGGCAGCGUGGCCACGGGCUCGCCGCUCCUGGCGGACAAAAUCGGCUUUGUCGGCCCCAAAAUCGCCAACGUCGUCUACAAAGUGUUUUCUGUGCUGCUGGUGCUGUGCGGGUUCCUGAAAAGCGGCAUGGCCGUCGUGUCUGCGCUCGGGUUCUGCUAUGGCCUGCACACGGGGCAGUGCAACGCGCACGGGAUCAUGGGCACCGCCUUCAUCGGCUACGGGUUCCUGCUCAGCAUGGUGCUCGUGGUGCCGUGGCUGCGCCACGGCGACGGCCAGAAACACUCGCAGGAGUUCUACGACUCCCUCAUGAUCACCGUCUGGGGAAUCAUCAACACGUUCACGGAACACAGGCCCUGGGAGCCCUGGUCCCACGGAGACUACCAGCACACCAGCAUGGGCAUCAUCUUCUGGGCGUGCGGAAUGCUCGGAAUCUGGCUGUCCCGCAAUAAUCGCCGCAACCCGAUGCCUGCGCUCACUCUCAUGUUCACCGCGUACGCCAUGUCGCAGCACGCCCAGCAUAUGCAAAUCUCCACCAAAGUGCACGCUUUCUUUGGCUGGGUCCUGAUGCUGGGCGGGUUUGCGCGCAUCUGGGAGAUCACGUUCCUGCUCCAGGACCGGCGGUGCCACCCGUCCGGCAAAAUCAUCUCUUUUCAGUAUCUGCCUCCAUUUUCGCUGGUGUUGGCGGGAAUAACCUUUAUGGGCGCCAACGAGGAGCAGCUGAAGCUCGUGGUGGACAUGGGCGCUGACCACUCGUCGUAUGUGCUGAUACUUGCCAGCGCCGCGUGUCUGGUAGAGCUGUGGUUCCUGGGCCUUUUGGAGCUGUACUUGCGACUCGUUGGCUACACCAUCUACGACCAAAACCACUACGACGCGAUCCCGCCACCGCCGACAGACGAGUUUGAGCUGCAUGACUUCAAUGAUCUUGAGUCCAACCGCGAGACUCCAAGCGAGCAGUAAUUUGGACCAUUACAUUUCACUUGUAUCUGGUUGGAUGGCCAGCUGCCAAAAAAUACGUGCACGUCCUAGAUAGGCAAAAAUAAGAAAUAAAG